ACGGCGAGCUAGGGAGAUGACGGAGUCGGAGAAAGUGCUGGUGGACGAGCUGCCGCUAGCUAUCGUACGCCGGGUGGUGAAAAAUAAGCUUUCAGAAUGUUCGCCGGAAUAUGACGUCAGUAUACACAAGGAAGCGAUCCUCGCAUUCUCCGAGGGUGCCUGGAUCUUCAUCCACUACCUCUCCGCUACGGCAAAUGAUAACUGUAAAGAUUCAAGAAGACAAACUAUGAAAGCAGAGGAUGUGUUUAAGGCAAUAGAAGACAUGGGUUUUGAGGAUUUUUCGGAGCCGCUCAAAGCUUCUCUUGAAGAUUUUAAGAAGAAGAACGCUGGGAAAAAGGCAGGUGGUGGUGAAGGAGCGGCAUCAUCGUCGAAGCCCAAAGAGACGGGAAAGAGGAAACAGGAAGGAGCAUCAAUGCAAAAGGGUGUGAGGAAAAGCAAAAGUGAUGAAGGAGAUAAGAAGAAUGAUGAGAGCGACAACACAGAAGAGAAUGUGAAUGAUGAGGAUGAUGGUACUGAAGAGAAUGGGAAUGGAGAGGAGGAUGAUGAAGAGGGGAAUGAGGAAAACAUGGAAGAAGAAUUUGGGAGUGGUGAACAUGAUUAGAAGGAGAGUGGCGAAGAGAAAGAGGCUGAUAAUAAGGAAGAAGAUGAGUGAACCCGCUCCUUUCAUAUAUUUUUGCAAAGAAUAUCUUUUCAGAUUUAUAUUCUCAUUAUAAUGAUACUAGAUUAGCUC